CGUCUUUAAUGACGUGAUCGCUCAGGUUGCACGCUGCUGACGUGUUUGUAGGGAAGUAGCAAGCUGGCUACCUAGCUAGCAACUUGAGCGUUAUUUUCAUUAGACGUGUGCAGCCAGUGACAGCUCAUCAUGGGAAUAAUAGCCAACGAAUUGAAAUAAUUGGCGUCAGGAGAGAAAUCGGAGCAGAGUACACAGACAAGGAAUUUGCUGUGAAGUGGAUUGAUUCCUUCAAGGGCCAUGGGCAAAUGGAGGAUGCCAGACCUGUAUAGGGCCCCCUUCCCCCUCUACACAAUCAAAGUCGACCCCAAAACAGGAUGGGUGAUCACUGCAGGAGGGGGAGGUGCUUCCAAGACGGGCAUAAAGAAUGCAGUGCACUUCCUGGGUUUGGAGUUGGUAGGAGACCAGCACUGUGCCACCCUGGUGCACUCUCAUGACACAGACACGCGUGCCACCAUGAACCUGGCAAUAGGUGGGGAUGUGAUCGCCGCAGGGCAGGACGGCAAAUGCAGCCUCAUGCGCUUCAGACAACGCCAGACCAGGGGCAAGGCCGCAGCCAAGGACGCAGGGGGUGGCAGUGAGCAGGGCGCAGCUAGGAGACGAGCUGGGAAAGGGGGUAAGGGUAGUGAGGGAGCUGCUGCUGCUAGGGGCAAUGUGUCCGAGAUGAAGGAUAACACCACCCAGAUCUCUGUUGACACGUUUGGGGAGGUGCAGUCGGACCUCAAUCCCCAGGACCCCCUCCAGAAGUGUGUGAGGUUCAGUCCCGAUCUCAGCCUCCUACUGACUGGCGGAACAGACGGACACAUCAGAGUGUGGGAAUACCCCUCCUUAAAAGAGAAGUUGAACUUCAAAGCCCAUGAGGGGGAAAUUGAAGACUUGGACAUCAGUCCGAAUAACAAGCACCUUGUGACAGUGGGCCGGGACUUUGCCUGCAGUAUAUGGAGUGGCAACCAGCUGGCCAUGAGCCUCUGUUGGCAUGAGAAGAUGCCUCAGAUAGCAGCAAAGUCAUACCGCUAUAUGGCUUGCAGGUUUGGAAAAGUCGAGGACCAGAAAGACAACAUGAGGCUCUACACCGUCCAGAUCCCCCACAAACGAGACAGAAAACCUCCACAAUGCUACCUCUCUAAAUGGGACGGCCAGAACUUCCUACCCAUGCUGACGAACCCCUGCGGCACUGAGGUCAUCUCCACCCUGGCUGUCAGUGACUCUGGAACCUUUCUUGGCCUUGGGACAGUGACGGGAUCAGUAGCAAUCUAUAUUGCCUUUUCACUACAGAAGUUGUACUAUGUGCAGGAGUCCCACGGCAUUGUGGUGACCGAUCUGGCCUUCCUGCCUGACACUCCCAAAGGCCAGAGCCUCAAAGGGAACAACGAGGCAGCCAUGUUGAGUGUGGCUGUGGACUGCCGCUGUCAGAUGCACACUGUACGCAACCGAAGAUCCUUCCCUAUCUGGCUGGUGCUGUUCUUCUGUGGCCUCAUGGUGGUGGGAGCUGUCCUGCUCCUGCAGCACCUCUUCCCAGGAUUCAUUUAGACAUUGACAGGGAGUUAAGGAGAAGGACAGAAUCAGACUGCCCUACAACCACUACUAGCCCUACAAUCUUCAACAACAACCUCAGAGGAAGCCACCCUGACACCACUCAAUCCUGGAACACGCAUCGAUCUCCUACCUAUAGCCAUCGUACCACACUUAACCAAACCGUGGAACAUUUGAACCACACUUGCCCAACCCUGGACUACAUCUACUAUAGCCAUUUACUCCCUCUUAACCCAGCAAGAUUCCCUGCAUCAUUUAUUCCCCCCCCCCCCCCCCAGGGAACCAUCUGUGCUCCUUCCACCCCCAAUUCUGUGAGACACAAGAUUUAUUUUCCUUUUUUUCUUGAUCUGUAACAAUCUUCUUUUUGCUUUUAUACCAUGGUGGGGAGUUAAAGGCUCAACUUCAGAUCUAUAUCAUCAUGAAUGUGCAAGGGGUUGGGCCUUUGUUAUCAUAGCUAUUUAAGAAAUAAUUUAAAAUUAUAAAUCUACUUAAAUCAUUGCUCUUCUGUCAGUUUCCAUCUGUCCUGUGCAUACAUAAACACACACUUGUAAUUUUAGCAAGUUGGCUGGAUAACAUUUCUGUGUGGAUUUUCUAUACCAGAUUCCAGUGAGGCCUGUGUUUCCUGCUUUGUCCACUAGUUGGCAUCAUUAACCAAAUGUCUAUCUAAUGUUGUUCAUCCCAGACUGGGAAGCAGGCCAGGCAACAGGGCAUCAUGACCUUCAGGAAAAACUAAAUCAAUUAGGUUGGUGGACUCCCCUUUAGCUCUAUUUCCAAUGUUGAAAGACCUGCCAAUUUGAGUUCUGCUCUGAAGGCACCUGUAAAGGAUCUCUAAUCGUCUCCUUUCAGGCCUAUUUCGACAUUAAACCAGAUUGACAGAUGGAAGGGUGGUCUUUUUUUCUGCUCCACACAGCUCCGUAGAUGUGUUUGUGUACAACCAUUCAGUCUGGGCCCAGGGCUGGCUCUGAUUCGUCAGAGCUGGACCGACUGAUUCAUGUUAAUGGUCUAGUCACUCACGUGACAUUUUAACACAAGUUAGCUAAGAUAGAAUGAGAUAAUGAUCCUAAAUAAAAGAUGAGGCAGGCUAUGAUCCAGUGUAUGUGAUGGUUUUCUGUGUCUUGCAGAGUAUACAUACUGUAUAUCAGCAUUGUAUGGUCUUUUGUAGCAUGGAAUUCAAGAUUCUUGCACAUUCUCGACCAAAGCACCAUGGAGAGUGCUUGGUUUGUUUCAAAUGGCCGACUAACACUAUCAUCAAGCUGUAUAGUUCAUCUGUGUUUGUUUCAACCAAUUAAACACUUUAUUGGAA